UCCGGAAGUGAAACUUCGUUCCGGAAGUGAAACUUCGUUCCGGAAGUGAAAGCUUUCCUCUUUAAGCGGAGUCCAUCACUUCCGGGAGGUGAGAGAAAAUGGCGGACAUGGACGAGCUGUUCGGCAGCGACGGCGACAGCGACAAUGAGCACCGAGAGUCUGGCACCGGCUCGGGUUCCGACUCGGAGAUGGAACGAGCGGGUACCGCCAGCAACCCUUCUGGCAGCGGCAGUGACAGCGAGCGAGGACAAGAGGACCACGAGGACGGCAAAGCCAGCAUGAAUAAGGAGUUGUUUGGAGAUGACAGUGAGGAGGAAGAGGAGGAGGAGGCGGCCCCCAGUGAUCAUCAGUCAGAUGGCAGCAUGCACUCUGACCAUCAACACUCUGAUGUGGAACAACAACACAGCGGCUCAGAGCGCGGCGUUGUAGACGAUGACGACGAGGACAUUGGGGCGCGGCACUCAGGCGGUGCAAGCCCAGCAGGAAGUGGGGUGUCUGCAGCAGGAAGUGGGGUGUCUGCAGCAGGAAGUGGGAUGUCUGCAGCAGGAAGUGGAGUGUCUGCAGCAGGAAGUGGAGUGUCUGCAGCAGGAAGUGGAGUGUCUGCAGCAGGAAGUGGGGUGUCUGCAGCAGGAAGUGGGGUGUCUGCAGCAGGAAGUCCUGGCUCUGACAGGGGCAGUGUCCGCUCUGAUAGAAGUGACCUAGGAACGCCUCAGUCGGCUGCAGCUACGCCGCGCUCUGAUGGAGAAGACAAUCAUUCAGACCAGGACAAGUGGGAGGGCCUAGCUAAGAGCGACCAAUCAGACGAGGAAGGAGAGAAGCAACGUUACUCGGAUGAAGAGAGGGAGCACUCUGACCUCCAGCGUCCUGCCAGCAGGAAGUCAGCUCCUCCUAACGAUUCUGUAAAAGGGAGCGACAGUGAAGAAGAUUUCCUUCACAGGAAAAGCAAAAGCAAACUUGCUUCAGACUCUGAUUCUGACAGUGACGUCAACGCCAAUGACAACAAGAAAAGUGUGGCAGAUGAUCUGUUUGGGGAGGCAGAUGACAUUUCUUCGGACAGUGAUGCUGACAAGCCCCCCACCCCUGGACAACCCGGGGAUGCAGAGGAUGGCGUGGAGGGCGAGCAGGCUGAAGAGGAGCCUGUGCCUGAGACUCGUAUCGAAGUAGAGAUUCCCAAAGUCAGCACUGAUCUUGGAUCAGACCUUUAUUUUGUUAAGCUGCCCAACUUCCUGUCUGUGGAGCCCAGACCUUUCGACCCACAGUACUAUGAGGAUGAAUUUGAGGAUGAGGAAAUGCUGGAUGAAGAAGGACGCACCAGACUCAAACUGAAGGUGGAAAACACCAUCAGGUGGAGAGCCAAGCGAGACGAAGAAGGAAACGAAGCACGCGAGAGUAACGCACGUAUCGUCAAAUGGUCAGAUGGAAGCAUGUCCCUCCACUUAGGAAAUGAAGUGUUUGACGUCUACAAAGCUCCUCUGCAGGGAGACCACAACCACUUGUUCAUCCGUCAGGGAACUGGACUACAAGGACAAGCUGUGUUCAAAACCAAGCUCACCUUCAGGCCUCACUCCACUGACAGCGCCACACACAGGAAGAUGACCUUGUCCCUGGCAGACCGUUGUUCCAAGACCCAGAAGAUCCGAAUCCUGCCAAUGGCUGGACGGGACCCUGAGUCCCAGCGUAAUGAGAUGAUUAAGAAAGAAGAGGAGCGCCUGCGAGCGUCCAUCCGCAGAGAGUCCCAGCAGAGGAGGAUGAGGGAGAAGCAGCACCAGAGAGGUUUGAGCAGCAGCUACCUGGAGCCUGAUCGCUAUGACGACGAGGAGGAUGGCGAGGAGGCCAUCAGCUUGGCGGCCAUUAAGAGCAAAUACAAAGGAGGCGGCGGCUUGAGAGAGGAGCGAGCAAGAAUCUACUCUUCAGACAGUGAGGAAGGUUCUGAUGACGACAAGACCCAGAGACUGAUGAAGGCCAAGAAGCUGGACAGUGAUGAGGAGGGUGAGGCCUCAGGCAAGCGAAAGGCAGAGGAUGAUGAUGAUGAUGAUGUUGAUGAAGAUGAAGAAAUGUCCACCAAGAAGGCCAAGAAAUAUGUCAUCAGUGAUGAUGAGGAAGAGGAGGAAGAUGAGGUGGAAUAAUUGCCUUUGUUUACUGAACUACCAUCCUACAUGACUAUUAUUACUGAACUACCAUCCUACAUGACUAUUAUUACUGAACUACCAUCCUACAUGACUAUUAUUACUGAACUACCAUCCUACAUGACUAUUAUUACUGAACUACCAUCUUAGAUGACUAUUAUUACUGAACUACCAUCCUACAUGACUAUUAUCACUGAACUACCAUCCUACAUGACUAUUAUUACUGAACUACCAUCCUACAUGACUAUUAUUACUGAACUACCAUCCUGCAUCAAAGAGACAAUGAUUUGAUUGACAUUCCAUCAAGGAUGACAUAUUUUGGUAAAAAGUUGGCACACAACAGAUUCUGUGAUUAAAUGACUUUGUUUGUAA